UGUUUCGGCUACGGUAGUGAUUCCGUCGUUCGGUGGUUUUCGCGCAAACAGUUCACGUAAAAUUUCGCGUAAACAUGCUAAAAUUUAAGACAAAUUUCUUAUUGGAAAAUUUAUAAUUCGGCCGCUUGCAAUAUUGAAAGUUUUAUUAUAUGCAAUAAGUGAAUAUCACGUGACAAAAUUGUUGCAAGGCCGCAUUGGCGAAGGGUCGAGCAAAUUUUUCCUUAAUUAGAAGUAGGAGCAAGGUAGGCAAAUCGUUGCUACUGAGAAUGUGAAAAAUGGGAAGAAAGUGAUAAAGCAAUGGAGAAUCUGUAAUUAUUGCAAUAAUAAUAAUCGGUCAAAGUGUAAGAAGUCGCAAAAUGCGAGUGUAUAACUACUCGGCCAGAUUUAAUACAAAUGUAGUGUAAACUUUUAUAUUAUUUCAAUGACAACAGUUAUCUGUGAACCGCGACCUUUGUAAACUGAUUGGAAAAUUUUAAAUGUACAUAACCUGCUUGUUGCCGCUGCUUGAGCCGCCUCCCUUUUUGGUGGAGCGCCACCAACUCCAACGGCUCAUCGUAUAUACACAUGCCAAGAGCAGUGCAAUAAAAGCGGCACAAGCAUCAGCAAAAUCGUUAGUAAUACUAGCAGCAAUUGUAAGCUACAAACGCAUCAACAGCGGUCAAUGAAAAAUUAAAAUAUACUACAACUUUAUAAAGGUGGAGUAUUUUGUGCUGGAGUUCACUGUAUGUGUGGUCUAAAAAGUGGGGGAAGAAAUAUAAUUUUGAGUAAACAACAAACUUAAUUCACAAAAAAAAGAAAACAUGUCCGAACUGCAUCGACGACACAACCAUUUACCCCUCACACUAGCCACAUUGGCCAUUACAACGACAGCACCAGCGCAACGGCACAAAAAGUCACCAAUUUGGUGGCCACUAUUUGUUGUAACGGUUUCAUUAACUUUGCUGUUAUUGCUGGACUUCCAACUGACGCCAGUUCAUGCCACACCCAUCGAAUAUGUGCUCAAUACUACGCGCAACUCACAAUAUGUGGAUGCUGCAGGAAAUAAGUGGAUGUCACCUGUUUUAACGCAUACUAAUAUUAAUAAUAACGGCGCUGUUGGAAGUACUCGAAAAGGAUACGGCCGUCACGAUGACAACACGAUAGAGCCAUCCAUGGCAUCAGGUGGUUUGAGUAUAGCAAACAACAGUCCAAGCCACGGGAAUGCAUUGCCAUUGUUGGUGAUGCCACAGCAAACUACGGCAGCAACACCACCGCUACACAUGCUCACUGGACACAACAGUAAUAGUAACAAGCGAGAGAGGCCGCUGAAAUGCCACUGCGAUAUUUGCAAGGACAACAAUUACAUAUGCGAAACAGAUGGCUAUUGCUUUACAUCAGUGGUGAAGGAUGAGGACCAAAUCAUAUUCAGUUACAGGUGUCUUAAUAUGUCUCAGAGUUUUCCGCCUGGUCGUUCUAUUUGGUGCAACGAUGGCAGUCGCGGUGGGCCUACAGCGCGUCCAGCUGCUCCAAGCGGCGGACAUGGCUGCUGUAAGGAUCGCGAUUUUUGCAAUUUAGACUUGCGCCCCAUUAUCAAAUAUUAUGCCACAAAUUCGCAGCAGACUUUCGAAGAUUUCUUGCCGGAGGAGCCUCUAAACAAAUGGGUAUUGGUGGCCAUCAUUUUCGGCGCUACGCUCUUCAUAUGCCUGUCAGUACUAAUGUCGCUGUGCUUCUGGCAGCGUCGCAAACGCAAUAGCAAUGGACGCACCUUCCCGCCAGAUGAUUCUGUUUGCGAUCCUAUUUUAAAUGGCAACACUAUCCAAGAUAUUAUUGAGAUGACCACCUCUGGCUCCGGCUCGGCCGGUCUACCACUGCUGGUGCAGCGCUCAAUAGCUCGUCAGAUACAGCUGUGCCAUGUCAUUGGCAAGGGUCGUUUUGGUGAGGUAUGGCGCGGCCGUUGGCGUGGUGAAAAUGUGGCGGUAAAAAUCUUCUCCAGCCGCGAAGAGUGUUCCUGGUUUAGGGAGGCGGAAAUCUAUCAGACUGUGAUGUUGCGUCAUGAGAAUAUUUUGGGUUUCAUAGCGGCCGAUAACAAGGAUAAUGGCACCUGGACGCAACUUUGGCUAGUCACUGACUACCACGAAAAUGGUUCAUUAUUCGAUUACCUCACCACGCACACUGUGGAUACGAAAACUAUGCUCAAUAUGGCGUUAUCAAUCGCAACUGGCUUAGCUCACCUACACAUGGAUAUUGUGGGUACACGCGGUAAACCGGCGAUUGCGCAUCGUGACCUCAAAUCAAAAAAUAUUCUCGUUAAAUCCAAUCUCAGCUGUGCGAUAGGCGACCUCGGUUUGGCUGUACGCCAUGUGGAAAAGAAUGAUUCCGUCGAUAUACCUUCCACGCAUCGUGUCGGCACCAAGCGUUAUAUGGCACCUGAAGUAUUAGACGAGAGUAUGAAUGCGCAACAUUUCGAUUCAUAUAAGCGCGCCGAUGUGUAUGCUUUCGGCUUGAUAUUGUGGGAGAUUGCGCGCCGGUGCAACAUUGGCAUGAUAUACGAUGAAUAUCAGUUGCCAUACUAUGAUGUUGUGCAACCUGAUCCGAGUAUUGAGGAGAUGAAGAAGGUGGUUUGCAUCGAUAAAAUGCGCCCAAACAUACCAAAUCGCUGGCAUGCUUCCGAAGUAUUGCACGGCAUGGCGAAGGUGAUGAAGGAGUGCUGGUAUCCGAAUCCUGUAGCACGUCUGACGGCGUUGCGCAUAAAAAAGACUUUGGCCAAUAUAACAGUUGAAGAUAAAGUGAAGAACUGAUUGUAGUUGUAGUACACAGCCAAUUUGGCUUGAAACCAACGGGUAUAAAUAUAACUAUUUAAGUCGUCGAUGGGGAAGGCUGUAGCAUAGCAAGUAUUGAACUGUGCGUAUUGUCGCCUUCUCUAUAUCUCUCCUAUUCACUUUUCUACUGAACUUUAAGAAGAUUUACUAAAAGAUGAGAAAAGAUUGAGUAGAAGAGGCCUGGAAAAAUUACCUAAAGAGAAGAGUAUACCUUAAAAUACCUAAUGCAAAAAAAAAAAAAACAAAAACAAACAUAAAACAAAAAAUAUAAAAAAACAGAAAAAAUAUGGUAAACAGAGAAAUUUAUAAAGCUGUUAUAAUUGAUGCAGAGCAUUCUAUUAACGCACUAAAAGUUGUAUUUGUAAUUUUAAACUAUAAUUUGUAAUAACUUGUCUAAGUGAGAGAGUAAUGUAAAAUGUGUAUUAGGCGUAAGUGAAGUGAACAACACAAGCAAGCCGAUUGUAACUAAUUAAACGCAUCAGCUCUACAGGCGGAUGAUAAACAGAAAAAUAAUUACAUAUUUAAAAUUAAUUCUAAGCUAUGUUGUGUGCAUGUAUAUAUGUAUGUGUAUAGAAAAGCAAGAUGCCGCAAGAGCGGAGCGAGAGACCUUGAUGAAGUGUAGGGAAUAGUUGUGAAUGUGAAUGCAGUGCGAAAUAACUAAUGUAAAUACGUAAUUUAGAAAUGCAAACAAUCUUGAGAUUAGCUAUUAUAGAUUUUAAGUUUGCGCAUAACUGUCGUUUAAUUUUCGAAAACUUUAGAAUUUGCUUUUAAAUGUUUAUUGCUUUACCGGCUUACUACUACAACACGGCUUUAAACCAAGAAUCAAGCAAAGAACAAGAGUAAACGUAAGGAGGAAGCAAAUAUGCUUGUAUUUUUAGGAAGUACAGAUAUUUUUAUGAGUAUUGCAAAAAAAUAUUGAAAAUAAUUAAUGCUGAUUAGUUUUGUCGUGAAAAUAAAAAUAAACCAUGCGCUUUUUAAGCUGGAAUUUCUAUGGAAAUUUUACGAAUGUUUAGUGAAUCUUCGAAGCGGCAAGCUAACCACCUACCCUGUCAGAAAUCAAAAUAGAUUAACGAAACCAAUGCUAUGCACCCGAGA